AUAAUAUAUAAAGUAAUUUUAUAAAGUGUGUUAUACAAACCUUAGCACCAUGCAUCAUAGCAUGUUAUUUUAUACAAUUUUAAAAUAAAUUUUUUUUAGUUGGCCAAGUGAUUAUGUGCACCAUUGUUUGUUUUAGAAUUUACGGUAUUUUAAUUUUUAUAUUUUUCAGAAUGAACUACUAAAAUCAAAACCAUCUAUCAAUGUUCUUGCAAUUUUGAAUAGAAAUCUUUUUCAACCAAAAAUAUAUGAAAAACUCCCGAUUCGAUUGUCAAUGGCUCCCUGUUUAAUAAUUGCUGAGUUUAAACGCCUUUACCCACACUAUAGUUUUAUAGAAGAAUCAUGUUCAUUUUUUAUUACUAAAGCAUUUGCAGGAUCUUCUAAUCACCUUGAAAGUUUGCUUGUUUUACAAUGUAAAUUAGGUUCCAAGAAAGCAAAGGAUUUGUUGUUUAAGAAAUCUGAAUCUGACAAUCUGGUCGAUGAGUUGAAGAUAUCUGCAAAGUACGGUCCACAAGUUCUUUUCAACUCAACACAAUAUGGCGUUCGCAGUAGAUCAGGAUGCGAAAUGAUUAGCAAAGAUUUACAGACAAUUAAAGAGGUUUUAUGCGUUAUUGUUAGCAUUUACUAUUUGUUAGAUCUAUCGUAUCCAUCUUCUUUUUCACAACUGAUAGGCCUUUUCUAGGAGAUGUUGCUAAAUGAAAGCUUUGAAAAAAAAUCAAA